AUGAGAAUUUGGUUUCUCUUUAUACUGGUGACAUUAUUAUGUCAUCAGAAUUCAUUUGCUCGUUAUACUGACAGUAGUAAAAAAGUAAAUAUUCAAAAUAAUUUUCAAAAUGAUGAUGGUGACAUUAAGCGCAUACUAGGUAAAAGUUAUAUAGACAAUGUUGAUAAUAAUGUAUAUGACGAAGAAGACGAGCUUUAUGAUGAAAAAGAAAAUAAUGACGAGCCUGAUGAUGUCAAAAGAGGUUCCAAUAAUGAUGAUAAUCUAGUUAGCUCUUCGGAUGUAAAUCAAAAUGAUGAAAUUCCAAAACUAGUAGAUUUAAACUUAGAGUCGUUAUCAAACAUUAGUUCACAUGCACCAAGUUUGAUACAAGAAGUAAAAAAAUCAAUCAUAAAAGUUUUUAAUGCUACAGUUUCAUUUAAGGAUUUACCAAAUGGUAACAAGAGACUUGAGGAGGCAGAAAUGAAUUUAAUGAAAAAGAUCACAGAUUCUUUAUCUAAUUUUUUAAGAGAUUUAGCUAAAAUUACUUCAGAGAACGCAAAAGCCUCUAAAUCUGACCCAAGUAAAGCAAAAAAAUUGAUUGAAGCUCAAAAAGAGCUGGUAAAUGCAACUCUUAAGUCUUAUAUUGAUAUUUUCGAUGAAACUGAAAGCGAUAUUCGGGCACUUGAAAAGGAGCUAAAAGAAAAUGGCGAUUCAUUUAAGUCAAAUCAGGCAAUUAUAGUUCAAAUUUUGAGAGCAACUUCAGACGAUAUUGAGGCAUUGAAUAUCGCACAUGGUACUGUUAAACUUCCAAGCACAACUGGUGAUACUGAAGCUAUUAAGACGACAAUCGUAAAGCGAGCUAUUGAAAUGUAUAGCACUAGAGCUCGUUUACGUAGAAGGCGUCGUAGAAAGACUAAAAGGAUAUUAAAGCGCUUUAGAAGAAGACGACGACGGCAGCAAAUGAGGCUACGAAGAAGGCGUCGCCAAGAGAGAAGACGUUCUAAUGCAAGACGCCGUCAGAAAAGACGUCGUGCUAUGGAAAGACGCAGAAAGAGAUGGAAUAAAGCCCAAAGAAUGAAAUUUGUAAGAAGAAGACGGAAAUUGCGAAAUAGACUUAAGAAAAUGAGACAUAGAAUGAACAGUCGUCGAAAUAGAUCUCGUAAGCAAAAUUCGUUGAAAAGGCAGAAAACUAGACGCAGGAUGCGAGACAGACACUUAAGGGACAUAAAAAAAAUGCAGUCUAGAAUGCGCAAGCAACAAAGGUUGAGACGCCGACUACGUCUUCGUCGUCGUAGGCUACAAAUGAUACAAAAUAAUCGUGUACGUCAAGUGAGACCUCAACGACGUAUUAAAAACCCUAGGAGACAGCGUCCUUUAGUUUUGAAUAGAGAUGUUAUGUUUUUAUUAAAUCCACAUGAUAAUGAAGUUGAAAAUUCAGAAGAUCAACCUAUGACAGGUUAUAAGGACUCCGAUGACUUAGAACCGUAUUAUGGGGAAGGUAAUAUGAUGGAAUUGAAAGAAGAAACUCUAGGUUCUUCGGAAAAACCAGUGGUUACGGAAUUCUCCAGAAGGCGCAGGAUGCGAAGAAGAGCGCGUCGUAGAAGGUUGCGUUUACGUUUAAGAUUAAGAAGGUUGGAAAAGAGGCGAAACCAAAAGGUUAAAAUGCAAAACCGACGUAGAAAAAAGAAAAGAUCAAAAUUACGCCGCGCCGAACGUAGAAGACGGCUUAGAAGACGAAGGAGACGGGACAGCAUGAGACGACGAAAGCAGAAACUCCGUUUACGUAGGGAAAGGUAUCGUAGUAGAGAAGCAAGAAGGCGGGCAGCUCAGAAGCGAAGGAAACAUCUUAGACUUCAAAGGUUAAAACAAAGGAAGUCACUUCUACAGACUCGAAGACAAAAUCGCAAACGUCUUUUGCGAUUACGUCAACAGCUUCGUAAACAAAAUAAAACUAGGAAUCGAGCAACUAGACGUAGAACUUCACGUCCCUUUGAUCAAGGCUUAGAUGAAACACAAGUUGAAAAGCAAUCAUCAGACAAGACGAAACAAGAAAUGGAAAAUAAAAUUGAUAAAAAAUUAAAUAAAACGAAUAAGAACCCAAAAGACACGAAAACAUCCACUGAUAAUAAUAAUAAUCAUUCUGAUAAUAACAAUGACUUAGAAUAUUAG